CACACAACCUCAUAACACUCUGCGCGCUCUCGCAAGCCGGUUGUGUCAACCGGUUUCGUGAAGUGAUUAGUGAUUGUGCUUGUGAUUUGUUUUCAAUGGAUUGUGUCGAAAUGGAAGAUAAGCCGUACAGCGUUGACAGCUCGGACGAUAUCAACGUAGAAGAGGAAGAAGACGAAUGCAUAGAAGAUAAUCAUAGUUAUCCACCAGACUUCCCGAUAGAGGCUUUAGUUAAAUUAGAGAGACCAUCACCGCCGAUACCUACACCACCCCGCACGCCUCCCACAGACGAUACACCACCAGCAGUGAUAGUAUCACGGCACCAGGCGGCCUGGUCACCACAGUAUCCCCCCAUGCCAGCAAGACAGAUGCAGACAUACGCCUACGACAAACAAACCCCGUACUACCCAAUGUCGUACGUUCAGGCGCAAGUAGCGACGCUUCCCCCGUCGGCACCUUACCACGCGAUGCUGGUAAACCAGUGGAUAAGGAACGCUGCGUUGUACCAUCACACACUCAGAUACCCAGCGAUGGCCCAAAGAAUGCCGGGAAGGAACCCCCCGCCGAUGCGUGCCCCCGGAGCCCCGGGAACGAGGCCAAAGAAGCAGUUCAUCUGCAAAUACUGCAAUCGUCAGUUCACCAAAUCCUACAACCUGCUCAUCCACGAAAGAACACACACCGAUGAAAGGCCCUACUCCUGUGACAUCUGCGGAAAAGCUUUCAGGAGACAAGACCACCUUAGAGAUCACAGGUACAUCCACUCGAAGGAAAAGCCGUUUAAGUGUACCGAAUGCGGCAAAGGUUUCUGCCAAUCGAGAACUUUGGCGGUGCACAAAAUUCUGCACAUGGAAGAAUCUCCCCAUAAAUGCCCCGUUUGCAACAAGAGCUUCAACCAAAGAUCGAAUCUGAAGACGCAUCUACUGACCCACAGUGACGCGAACAAACAUCAUCUUGAGCAUCUAGAGGGCUGCCAAGAAGUUUCAUCUACCAGCCAAGUCUCGGAGAGUCCUCUUCUAGAUUUAUCUCACAAACCACCAUCACCAUCAAACUUCCAAAAUCAAAUUCAACAGUCACCUGUUCAAGCGCCAAAAAAGACAUUAGGAUUUUCAAUAGAUGACAUCAUGAAACGAUAAUUUUAGUAUUCAAUCUGAAUGUUUUAUCGAGUUCUAGACAUUUAAUUUUGUUAAAAUUAGGCCAAAGAUUUUGUAUUAGCAUUUCAUGUGUUCACAAACUAAAAACAUCCAGUACCUAAGUAGUUUUAAAUAGCAUAUCGGUUAUUAUUUAUUUUGUAAUUUGUAGGUUUUGCAUUUUCAUUAACUUCAUUGAAAUUCUUAAAUAUUAUGUCUUCUGCCAAUGAUGAUUCAAAAUUUAGCUUUUCGAAUAAUAAUUAUUAUAAUUUGUUUUAAAUUUUGCCUAGAACAUACAAUCCUUCGACGAUCUUUCAACAAAAGACUGAAGUUAUAGUUUUAUUAUUGUUAUUGUUUUUAGGAGUUUAUUUAUUUGUGAUAUGUUUAGUUUAUGGUCAACUACAGUUACCAAAAAGUAUUACCUUAUUUUAGUUUCCAUCAUCGCUAUUCCGAUGUACAAAUAGUUGUAAUUGUAAUAU